AUCGCCAGAUUCCCGUGGUAUUCGCAUCGCAUUGUAGUUAGUGCAAUAUAUUUCUUCGGUUACCCGAAGUAAACCUCCAGCGUCCACCGUAUCGUGGUCAGGGUUUCUCGUUUUUAUCAUCCUUUAUCCCCCCCUUUAAACGGAGGCAGAUUCGGUUGCUGGUUCUGUUUUGGGAGUGUUCCGUCGUGUCGAUAGUGUGACACCCAUAUUCCCCCUUCGGUGUACCGAACCGUGUGGUGAAAAGCGAAUACUAUCGACAACCAGAAAAUAUUCUUCCCAUUUGCCGAUCGUCGUGCAUAUCGAAACGAAACUAUUCAGCCCGUGUCGAAAGAAAGUGAUCCGCAAGCAAACAGCUGUCACAGUUCAUCCGCAGUCACGUCGUAGUUGUCCAUUUUGGAUGUGAAAGUCUCAGUGCGGUAGUGCAGAUUCAGCUGGAUGGAUCACUUUUGAGAACGUACGUGUCCCGAAAAACCCCACCUCGGGCAAUUAGAUACACCGUCUUUGCAUAAUAUUAUCGAAGAGUACUUCUGUUAUCCUAGUACAGCCGAAACGAAACAACCAAUCGAACCCCCCUGUCCUACAUACACUAAGUAGGCUCUGUGAUCAAUCUAGUCAACCAGCAUCAUUGGCUGUCGAAAUAUCCACCGCGACUAGUUUCGCUCCGUUUGCUGUGCUCGAGUGUCGAUUAUCGGUUUCGUGAGUAGGGUUUUCCCUCACCACACGCCUGCAAAAAGUUGCCAGUGACCGCCGGACGGAUCACGUAUCCCAGGGAACUAGUGUAAUCCUUCGGUGUUCACCUACCGUACCGUCCAGCCAGCAGCAUGUCGGAAGAGGAGCAACAUCUGCGGGAAUGUGAGGCGUACAUCCAGACGCACCGCAUCCAGCGGCUGAUGAAGGAUUGCAUCGUGCAGCUGUGCAUUUCCCGGCCGGAAAAUCCGAUCGUCUUUCUGCGGCAGUACUUCCAGAAGCUGGAGCGGGUAAGUGAGCAGGCAAAGCUGGACGCGAGCAAGCAGGCGGCCACGCCGGACGAUCUGGAUGACCUGAGCCCCAUGCCACAGACGACGGUGCCGCCGGUGCGGCGCCGCGGUGGCAUCUCGGCCGAACCGGUCACCGAGGAGGACGCGACCAGCUACGUGAAGAAGGUGGUACCGAAGGACUACAAGACGAUGGCAGCCCUCUCGAAGGCGAUCGCGAAGAACGUCCUCUUUUCGCACCUGGACGAGAACGAGCGGUCGGACAUUUUCGACGCGAUGUUCCCCUGCAACUUCCUGCCGGGCGAACCGAUCAUCCAGCAGGGCGACGAGGGGGACAACUUCUACGUCAUCGACAUUGGCGAGGUUGAGGUGUUUGUAAAUAACGAACAGGUGACGACGAUCAGCGAGGGUGGCAGCUUCGGCGAGCUGGCCCUGAUCUACGGUACGCCCCGUGCGGCCACCGUUCGUGCCAAAACCGACGUGAAGCUGUGGGGCAUCGACCGGGACUCGUACCGCCGCAUUCUGAUGGGUUCGACGAUCCGCAAGCGCAAGAUGUACGAGGAGUUCCUGUCGCGUGUGUCCAUUUUGGAGAGUCUGGACAAAUGGGAACGGCUCACUGUGGCCGAUGCGCUGGAACCGGUCAGCUUCGAGGACAGCGAAACGAUUGUGAAACAGGGUGAACCUGGUAAUGACUUCUACAUCAUCGUCGAAGGAUGCGCCACCGUUAUGCAGAAACGGGGAGAGAACGAAGAGGCAGCGGAAGUGGGACGGCUCGGACCGUCGGACUAUUUUGGUGAGAUUGCACUACUGCUCGAUCGUCCCCGUGCCGCCACCGUCAUCGCCCGCGGGCCGCUCAAGUGCGUCAAGCUCGAUCGGGCCCGAUUCGAGCGGGUGCUUGGCCUGUGCGCGGACAUCCUGAAGCGAAACAUCACGCAGUAUAACAGCUUCGUUUCGCUGUCCGUUUAAGGAGGAUGCAAGCCCCAGCUAUCGCAGGCCGGCUUUCUUAGUCUGUAGGGUUCGCUUUGUUCGCUGCAAAACAAGUUUCGCCCGUCGACUAGCGACUCACAUUUUUUCUUGUGCGGUAGUGAGCGAUAACAUGAUUAACAAAAUCAAAAAAGCAGUAGAAGCGACCCCAUACUGUACGUCACAGCACUGGACGAGCGUGCUCUAGCAGCGUGUACCAUUACUUCUACCGCUUGUGAAGAAACACGUCAGCAAAGGACAAAAACAAGAAGCCUAUGGGUCCCGGGCUAAGCGGCCGUUUAUAAUCAAUGCAAUUCAGAUAAUGUUUUCACCAUCAAAGCAGUGUAUGGAGCUUUGUUUCUAACUACGUUUGGUAGCGACGUUUGGUAAGGUUGUCCCCAGGGUCACGAACAUGGCCAUCUGUUGCCCCCAAUGCAAGCAAGCAACAAGCCCAUGCCAAACACCGGUGUGAAGGCUGAGGACACGUCAGCAUUGUGGCCAGAUGUUUGGGUCGCGUGUGCAUAGUUUACUUAACAGUAGUGGGAUGGGUGGUGGUUGUAGAGCCAAACAAAAGAAGUAAAAAGGAUGCAAAAUGUAAGAGAGCGAGUGUCCAAAGGGAGACGAGAGAAGUGUUUUAGAAACACCACGAUAGAAAAAAUAGGGAAGGAUGUAGUGUUAUUAGUAGGCGACGACGUGCAAAAUUUCGCUCGCAGCGCUUGGUAACGAUCGGAUCGAAUGAUGAGGGUAAAAGUUUUCAACCGCAAACAUAAAUGAAAAAAAAAAUCGUCUUAAUUAAUGCAAACUGUCAUCUCUAUAAAUUAACGGAUAAAAUUAGUUAACUAUUUAUAGCUGACAGAGCAGGCGUCGAGCGAGAAGGAAAGAGUAGGCCAAGGCAGAAAGGCAGCAAACAUUUCAAUUGGAGACGCUAGGUCAAAGGAUGGCCCGCGUCCGGUGUACGUACAUUAUUGUAUUACUUGCCGAGGUGUGAACGCGAAAGGGAAUGGAUCAUAGUGAUGGAAAGGAACCCCCCCGUAACCCAACGUAGGACAAUUAUUUAUAAAUUGAUCAGUAGGGCUGCAUCCGUGAACUGAAGAGAUAGUGAUGAACGAGAACAGCAAGGUAUUAAUAGGAUGCAGAAUCGGAAUGUGUGACAGAAGUUCGAUGAUGGGGCCCUGUUUGCAUUUUUAAUCACACAAUUGGCAAAUUAAACUUGAAAGGAUUAGACCGCCCACAACAAUGUGGAUGAGGGUGAGAAAACUUUGGACAAAAAAAAAACACAAAACAACAAUUAAAGUUAGGAGUAGUGGUAUCAUGGAGAAAAAUGUUGUCGGUUUGCAAGCACAAUUAUGAAAACAAACAUUGAACCGAACACAGGUUAAGUGUGUAAAACUCCGGUUGACACACUAGCUGUUCGUACACAGGUAUACAUAUUUCUCUCAACGUUUUUAACUGUUUGGUGUACAACUGUUUGAAUGUAACAGCAUGAGAGAACGUGGCCGGAACCCAAACCGGCCCUAACGUACCGCUCACCGCUCCGUCACUAAUCGUUUUAAAAUCGAACAAAAACAGUCGUUUUCUCAACGAGCGUCUGCCGAUCAUACGUUUCUUUACGAUGAUCGGGAGGGUUGGCCUUUUUCUGUGAAAUCUUUUCUUCAUAAAUAUCAUAUCACGCACGUUGCAAGGUUUUCGGAGAGCUUGUGAAGUUUCCUUUUCG